AACCUAAGUGGACUGCAAGCCUUUUCUAUGCAAUCGUACUGUGGUUAUUUUGCUCCUGAGGCAUCAUGCUCCUGUUGAAGCUGCAGGAGCCAGAAAUCAAAAGAUGGAAGGCCACAAUGAUAUGGUUGAGAGAGGAGAAGGUUUGAAGAAUGUUGUAAUAGAGGGACCUGGAGAGGAUCAAAACAAGAGCAGACCUAUUAGUGACAACAUAGAUGGUGUUGCAUCUGAUGAACUGGAUUCUCUGCGUGGUGGAUCAUUAAAGAGGAAAUACAGUAGGCGUAAUCCCAACCAACUUCAAGAGCUGCAAGCUUUCUUCAGAGAAAAUCCCCAUCCUGAUCAAAAAGCAAGUAUAGAACUUGCAAACAAACUGUCCAUGGAUUGCAAUCAAGUGAAGAUUUGGUUCCAGAAUAGAAGAAACCAAGUGAAGUUGAAAUCAGAACACGAAGAAAAUGGAACCUUGAAAGAAGAAAAUGCUAAGCUUCGCCUAGAGCAUACUGCACUGAAGGAAGCUAUGGCAAAUCCAAUUUGCGAUCGAUGUGGUUGUCAGGCUGUUGUUCCUGCCAUAGAUAUUGAUGAGUAUCGAACAAGGAGUGAAAAUAUCCAGCUGCAAGAUGCAAUGAAGAGGAUGAAUGCCCUGGAAAAAGAAGUUACAGGGACCCAGGACUUGUAUGGUGGCAAACUCUGAUUUGGGAUUUGUUGCCGGAAGAAAUGCAUUGGGGCUGUGAAUGUUGUAGACUCUGCAUCUCCAAUGGGGCUUAAUUUCAGAACUCUAGUUGACAUGCAAUAUGGUUGAUCAACUUUUGUUAGAUAGUGAUAAUGUUUGUACGUUUUGAGUCGAUUUCUAUCGGAAAGAUAACUAAACCCAUUAUUAAGUCGGUCUUUCAAAUAGAAGAAUCAAAUUAAAACCAAUUAAAUCAGUUUUUCUGUUGUGUUCUA